AUGUAUACCAAACCGCUGACUAAAACACAAACCCUUAAACGGUCACGAGUCCAAGCAGAGGACCAAGAUAGCAAUUACGAUGCCUCAUCGGAAAACACACGACUCACUCAUUUAUUAGAUGCAGAUGACGGUUGUCUUGACGAUGGAUUUUCCUACUCACUACAUAAUAACAAAGACCACCAUAACCUAGCGAUUCUAGAUGCUAGCGCUGACUCGCAAUUACGAAACGCACUCCGCUUCCUCCCAGCCAAGCCUCAAUUAGACGGUCUCAUUGAAGCAUUCUUCAGCAAUGUCAAUCACCAUUACAAUUUCAUUCACCCGCCUGCCUUUAUACGCCAAUACGUCAACUGGUCGUGCAGAACGCAACAGCCAUGUCUCCAGGAUCUUCAACUCACAACCCUCAUAUUCAUGAUGUGCGCUUGCGUUACGCAGCAUCUCGACCUUGAUGCGCAAGCGACACUGGGAACUCAUCUGACCCAGCCAUCGAAGGAUGUUUCCAAGGCUUUUCACGAUGCUGGGACAAGGCUUGCAGAGGCGAUACCAGAUGGGUCCUAUCAUCUGAUCAAUCUUCAGUGGAAAGUCCUUUCUAUCUGCUGGUUCAAAGGCGAAGCAAAGUUCACGGAAGCCUGGCAUACAAUAGGGCUCGCUGUGCAAGAGGCAUAUGAGUUGGGACUGCAUAAGUCGCGACACAAGGCGACACAGGAUAUUGAGGUGCAGAUUGGCCGACGAGCCUGGCGUGUGUUGUACUGCUGGAACUGGCAAUUGUCGUCAAUACUAGGUCGGCCUUUCAUCAUGAACGACAUUGAUUCAGAGCCUGAACAACCCGACCUGAAAGGUUCAGCACCAACACCAACGCUUCAUACCAAACUCCAAUACCAGCUCAUUUCAUCCCUCGCCAAGCGCUGGCAGACACCGCAAAACAUCAACUCGCCAUCCAAAGUCCGGGACUACAAGAACAUGGUGGAACAUCACGUGUCCUCCUUUCCAGCUGUGUUUGCUCUAAACAACCCAGACACUUCGAAAGAUGCUGAGUGGCCUUGGGUCGUGACGCAUCGCUACUAUGUCCAGACAAUGGCGUACUUUAUGAUACUCCAGCCAUACAAAUCAUAUUUCUUACACCCAUCGGCAGAUUUGUCUGUACCAGAAAUACAACAACUGCGAGCAGAAGCGGUAGAGUGUUCGCUGAAGACGUUGCAGAUCGCAACUCAAUGGGCAUCUCGAGUCUCACAAGGCGAUGGACAGUUUCACCUUGUUGUUCUGUGCCUCUUUGACACGGCUGCUUUCUUGUCCAUGUCUCUGCAGAGGGAUCAAGUGAACAACUUUCCUCAGCAGGUCAAAGUUGUUAUUGCGGUUAAUGAGGCUGCUGCGACACUGAAGGAACUUCAGACAAUAUCGCGGGGAGCUCAAUCGUCAUACAGGCUUUUAUGCAAGAUUCUACAGAAAAUGGAUUGGAAUGCUACGGAUAGAUGA